CAUCCAACAUGGCGCUGUCCAUGUGCGGAAAAUCGGCGAUUUCUCAAUUUUAUAGAAUAACGGCUCCAAAAUGGGCGCCAGGUCUGGACCAGGUGCGUACAGUUGUGUGGCACGAGACCUACCAGGAGCCGGUGGUGGAUAAGGAGUAUUACAGGAAACCUGAGGAGAUAGACGAACUGGCUCACACACGUCCUGUCAAGUCAGCGCUCAGUACACAGUCUACUUCUGUCUUCAACUAUCCUGAAGUCACGAAGUUCACCAGUUAUGUCAUGAAAAAGGGAGACAGAGCUCUGGCUAGGUCCAUUGUAGAAAAGGCAUUUGAGCACGUGAAGAGGCACCAGAUUAAGAAGUACCAUGAGGCUCCAGCGGAGGAAAAGCCUUACAUUGACUGUAACCCCGUCAGGAUCUUCCACACCGCCAUCGAGAACUGCACACCUGUGGUCGGGGUCAAGAGUGUGAAACGGGGAGGCAAGACUUACCAGGUCCCCACCCCUCUGACAGACAACAGAAGACGGUUUUUGGCCAUGAACUGGAUGAUUGCAGAGACCAGAGAAAACCGGGACUGGGACAAUCAGAGUUUUGCCAAGAAACUGGCCUCUAACCUAUUAGAGGCCUACCAAGAACAGGGCAAGGUAGUCAAGAGGAAAUAUGAUCUACACAAACUAGCUGAUGCCAACAAAGCCUACGGGCACUUCAGAUUCUGGUAGAAAAAAAUUACAACGAAAUAGAUAUGAAAGUAAAAGAUUUUGAGAUAGUGUGAAUUGAGAAAUGUUGUACAUAGCAUUAUUAGUGUAUGCUAGACAAGUAUUACUGUAGUUUAGCACAUGUACUUUAAACUAGACAGUGAACAAAUAAAGUUUUUUUUUG